UUUUUAUCUCCUAUGAUGCACGACAGCAGGAGCGGCUGCUGUCGCUACGACGGCGACCGGCAACGGCACCCUCCCAGCUGUCAAUUCUCCUGCGAUCGUCCGACUCGUAACACGUAUCGUUCAUCAGUUCUGCCGCCACCGUCGUCUUGUUUAAUUUUCCUCACAAGUUUCGUCGUUGGAAAAUUAUACCAAACAGACAUGAGUUCUCCAUUGUUGAAAGAUCUACCUAAGGUAGCGUUUGAUCUUAAAAGUCAACUUGAAGGAUUCAAUCCCGAUAAUAUGAAAAAGGCCGAUACUAAUGAAAAAAUAAUUCUUCCUACCGCUGAAGACGUCCAACGCGAACGUCAACAUAAUGAUCUCAUCCAAGGCGUCAAUAAUUUUAGUGCGGACAAGCUAAAAAGAACAGACACUCUGGAAAAAGUGAUCUUGCCCAAUGCUCAAGAUGUAGCUGCAGAAAAGACCCAAAAUGCAAUCACUGAAGCAUUAAUUGAAGGUGUGGGAGGAUUUGACACUGGCAAACUUAAACAUACUGAAACUCUAGAAAAGAACCCUCUCCCUGAUAAGACUGUGAUUGAAGCUGAAAAAGAACAACAGCAAUUAAUUGCUGGUAUUGAGAACUUUGACACUAAAAAAUUGAAGCCUACUGUAACUGAAGAAAAAAACCCAUUACCUACUAAAGAAGUCAUAGCAGAAGAGAAAAAAGCCUAAGUAUCAACAUUCCAAAUGGUUCAACCUCAAUGGAAUGGAUUAAACUAUUAUAUUAAAUUAUACUCUUGCAUAUAUAUCACCUUUUGAGUUGGUAAAAUUUGUAUGGUAAUGUAGAGAUUUUUGUAAGCAUAUUUUAUAAAAAAAUUAUAAAUGAAAUCUCAAAACCAAUUCGGUCAUGAUAUCGUUUAAUUACAUGUAACAAUGUUUUUUUUAUGUAAUAUGACAUGGAAUUCAAAUGUAAUUUU